GAAGGUGCUGGGUGUCAUUGCUCUGUACAGAGGACAGUCUGCAGCCACCUAUCCUUGUGGAGCAUCUCCUGCCUGGGGGUCUGGAUCUCUGCAGCUCCUGGUCCUCACAACAACGGCGGCUGCAUGUGUUCGGGGCUGGCCAUAUGAAGAGUUGUCAUCCUCCUCCUCCAAGAGUCUCACUCAGCUGAAGAGGUGACUGUGGCUUGAUUGCCUGCUUCUACCAAAGGUCAUUCGCACGUAACUGAGACAAAAAGAGAAAGGUAUCAGCACCACAGCACACAUCCUCUGUUAAAGCAAGCAGCCCUUUUGUGCUUCUGACAUUAAAAGCUAGCAUCAAUUUCAGCCCUGUGCUGCUCUCUAAGGCAGAAUGUCCUCUUCAUCCUCUUCAGCAUUGGAGAGGGAGAUCUUCCAGUACAUUGAUGCACAUCAAAGUGAUUUCAUCAAGGAUCUGAAGGAAUGGGUGGCUGUGGAAAGCGAUUCUGUUCAACCACAUCUGAGGAAAGAAGUAAUGCGAAUGAUGGCAUUGGCAGCAGACAGACUUGCAACACUGGGAGCCACUGUUAAUUUAGUAAACUUGGGGUCACAUCAGCUGCCUGAUGGCCAAGUCCUCCCACUGCCUUCUGUGAUUCUCGGAGAGCUGGGGAAGGAUCCACAAAACCCCACUGUAUGUUUCUAUGGUCACGUGGAUGUGCAGCCUGCCAAGAAGGAGGAUGGCUGGGACACUGACCCCUACACACUGACUGAAAUUGAUGGAAACCUCUAUGGUCGUGGAGCAACAGACAAUAAGGGACCAGUCCUAGCUUGGAUAAAUGCAGUGGAAACAUUUAGAGCCUUGAAAUUAGCUAUGCCAGUGAACUUCAAGUUUGUAAUUGAAGGCAUGGAAGAAGCAGGAUCCUUGGGGCUAGAGAAGCUACUUGAGGAAGAAAACCAGAGCUUCUUCUCUGAUGUUGAUUAUAUUGUAAUUUCAGACAACCUGUGGCUCAGCAACAAGAAGCCUGCCCUUACCUAUGGGAGUCGGGGAAAUGCCUGCUUCUUUGUGGAGGUUGAAUGUGGCAGCAAGGACCUUCACUCUGGAACUUUUGGGGGCAUCAUUCACGAGCCGCUGCUGGACCUGAUAGCGCUGCUGGACAGCCUUGUGGAUUCCACAGGUCGUAUUCAGAUCCCUGGAAUCUACGACAGUGUUGCUGCCCUGACAGAGGAGGAAAGGAAGUUAUAUGAAUCGAUUGAAUUUGAUAUAGAGGAACACAGAAAUAACUGUGGUGUGAAAAAAUUCCUCUAUGGCACCAAGGAAGAAAUACUUCUACACCUGUGGCGUUACCCCUCUCUCUCUGUUCAUGGGAUUGAAGGAGCUUUCCAUGAACCAGGCAUUAAAACAGUCAUUCCAGCAAAAGUAAUUGGCAAAUUCUCAAUCCGUCAGGUCCCCCACAUGGACCUUUCAGUUGUGAAAACACAGGUGGUGGAACAUUUGGAGGGUGUCUUUUCCAAGAGGAACAGUCCAAACAAACUGAAAGUGUCCAUGCCUUUGGGUGCAAAGCCCUGGCUUGCUGAUGUUAAUGAUCUACUCUAUAAAGCAGCAAGAAAGGCAAUAAAAACAGUUUUUGGAGGUGAUCCAGAUUUCAUCCGUGAUGGCUCAACAAUUCCUGUUGCCAGAAUGUUUCAGACUGUAACACAGAAAAGUGUGAUGAUGCUUCCAAUUGGAGCGGCCGACGAUGGGGAGCAUUCCCAGAAUGAGAAAAUAAGCAGACACAACUAUAUUGAAGGAACCAAAUUGUUUGCAGCUUUUUUCCUGGAGAUAUCAAAGCUACAUCGGAACUUACAUGAAACUUCCCUCACAGAGACUAUCAACUGACAGACCAUAUCAAG